AUGAACAGUAAUGAAGUUUCCUUUUGCGAUGAUGAUGAUGAUGGUGAUAGUGAUGACAGUGACAGUGAAAGUGAUAGUGACAGGGAUGAUGACAGUGAUAGUGACAGUGACAGUGUUAGUGACAGCGAUAGUGACAGUGGUAGUGACAGGGAUGAUGACAGUGAUAGUGACAGUGACAGUGUUAGUGACAGCGAUAGUGACAGUGGUAGUGACAGGGAUGAUGACAGUGAGAGUAACAGUGACAGUGUUAGUGACAGCGAUAGUGACAGUGAUAGUGAUAGUGACAGGGAUGACGUCAGUGAUAGUGACAGUGAUAGUGACUAUUUGAGUGUGCUCAAAAAACACUCAGGGAAAUCCUUAUUGUAUUGUGUCCUUACAGAUUAG